AUCAUCACUAAGAUUUCGAAAUUAUCUCUCUCCUCUGAAACCCUAGAAAUCUUCUCUCUCUAAAAAUGUCUGGCAGAGGAAAGGGUGGUAAGGGAUUGGGCAAGGGAGGAGCAAAGAGGCACAGGAAGCUCCUUCGAGACAACAUCCAGGGAAUCACCAAGCCUGCGAUUCGGCGUCUGGCUCGGAGAGGGGGGGUCAAGAGGAUCAGCGGACUCAUCUACGAGGAGACUCGUGGUGUUCUCAAGAUCUUCCUAGAGAACGUGAUUCGUGAUGCUGUCACCUACACUGAGCAUGCUCGGAGGAAGACUGUGACCGCCAUGGAUGUGGUCUAUGCUCUGAAGAGGCAGGGAAGGACUUUGUAUGGGUUUGGGGGUUGAGUUUUGUA